AUGUCGUUCAAUGCCGCCAGAAACACCUUCAUCACGUACAACAAUCCAGCCGAAUUCCAGAACAGCCAGAAUCGACGAGCAGUGUCCUCCCAUGCAUCAAAAAGCUACCGACCAACGACCAGAAGGAUCGUGCUAGACCGUACACACUACCGGCCUUUCUCUCGACAUCCUGGUGGUGGUGAAUCCAUCUCAUCAGCCGUGCUCAAGACCGAAGAGAGACAAGGUCCGACCACAAAGAGAUGGCCUCCUCCCGCCAGGUCUAUAGAACCGAGUUUUCCUCGAGACAUCCAGCCUCUCGAUGAGCGCCUCCUAGGAAGCCCGCAGGCGGACCCGUUCACCACGUAUCCCAUCGCCUACCAACCAUACAUACCGUUUCUCGUGGACUACUUUAUCCGAUUUCUCACCCCCAGAUUCAGUCCGGCGCUGGCGGUCGAGACCAGCCGCUACCUGAUCUGGUUCAACAGAGCCAUGAACCACUCGGAAAUGUUCCAUGCAUUGAUCGCCCUGAGCCAGGUGUAUCACAACAUCGAUAUCAAGGGGUUCGGCAACACCCACUGGACGGCGUUGUACCACCGAGGCGAAGCGCUCAAGCAGUUGAGGAUGAAGGUCGAGACGGCACAGUGUGCGGACGACGAUGCCGCCAUCUUGACCGCUCUCUGGCUGAUGGAUGUCGAUGCCGCGCAUGGCGAUCUCAACGCUUAUGCUAUGCACAAGCGAGCAGAAGAGGGAAUGGUCUUGACCAGAGGCGGGAUUCGGAAACUGAACCCAGAGCUGCAGGACGAAUUGCUAAAGAGCGAAUUCUUCCUACCGUUACUGUUGCACGGCAAAUUCGAAUCUGAACUGACAGACGACGACGUCCUCGUCAGGUUCAAGGAGAACGUCCCCGUCAGACGCUCCCCGGCACGAGGGUUCCAGCGGCUGUUUUCGGUUCUGGCCAGCAAAGGGCUCAUCACGACCCAAACCGUGGAUAUCCUCCAACGCAUCUACCAGCAGAUAUCGCAAGGACAACGCAACAUCCCUGAAGUUGUGAACAGCGGGACAGAGCAUCCUGUCGUGAAUACCGCCAACGAAAUGUCUCGAGUACUGCGCAUCACCGACGAAACCCGACCGACCACAUCGGAUCAUCGACUCCUGCUUGCCCUGCUCGUCUACAUCUUCAACUACCACAACCAGCCACGCGAGACUUUGCUGAGAAGCGGGUCUGCAACGAUCAAGACUUGUGCAGGGCGUCCUCCGUACCUGAAUAUCUUGCGCGACGUGACUUUGGAGUUAUCGACCCCUUCUAACCCUUGGGAUCCGUCUUCAGUGACAGAACGAGAAGUCACACUGUGGACAGUCGUCGCCAUUGGAUCUGCUUCGAGUUCCAGUCCGUGGCGGCUGGAAAUCCCGUUCAUGGGCCACCUUAUAGAGUGGAUGGAAAAGGAGGAUGAUGAUGAUGACGACGACAACCACAACUACAACAACGAACACAGCAACCACAACUACAAGAUGGAAGAAAGCGCUGCAGGAAUGGGAAUCGACACUGGUACUGUGCUGCUCAAGACUGAAUGUGAUGUGUUGGGUACCGUACAGCCCGAGGGUUGGCCACUACGGGAAAGGAACUCCAAUAUGGACAAAUUGACGGCAUGUCUAAGGGGGUAUUACCUCUAUGGAGCGGACAAACACACGCUGCGAACUCUGGAGACUUGGGAAGGUCCAGAUCCUCCCAGGUGA